AUGAUUGGUGAAGCUGAAUACUGGUGGCGAGGUGCGAAGAAAAUGAUGGAGACAAAUCAUGAAGAGCUAACCUGGGAGGCUCUCAAGAAUAAGUUCCUAGAAAAAUACUUCCCGAAAAGUGCUAGGGCUGAGAAGGAGGCCCAAUUUCUGAAGUUGUAUCAAGGGAAUUUCACGAUAGCGGAAUAUGCGGCAAAGUUGGAGUCCCUAGCAAAGCACUUCCACUAUUUCCUAAAUCAGAUAGAUGAAGAAUACAUGUGUGAGAGGUUUGAAAGCGCGCUUAGGUAUGAGAUUAAGGAGUUAGUGGGGCCCUUGGAGAUACGUCAAUAUCAAGUGCUAGUGGAGAAAUGCAAGAAAGUGGAGCAGAUGAAACAGAGCCGCCUGAAUAGGGGUGCUAUAGGUGGACCCAUCAUACCUCAGGGGCAUAACGACCAACAGAAUAGGGGCAAGCAGCAUCAACAACACAAGCCAUAUGCCCAACCACUAGGGAAUGCUAGAAAUCAACCUCGACCUCAAAACAGGGAAGGUCAAGGGACAAAAGCUCCAGGUCAGAACCAGGCGUACCCUGUUAAGUGUUUUCGCUGCAACAGAGAAGGACACAAGAUAUCUGAGUGUCCAAUCAGACCAAGGGUUUGUUACAUUUGUCAGAAACCAGACCAUUUUGCAAAUGAAUGCCCUGAACGGAAGGACGAUAGAGCUGUCAACCGCAACAAUAUCAACGACAAUGUUGUACGCCCUACUGCCAAGGGACGUGUCUACCACAUCAAUGGAGAGGAAACUCCAUCUUCCUCUGAGCUUAUCCAAGGUGAGUGUUUAAUUGCUGGAAAAUCACUUAAUGUAAUUUAUGAUUCGGGGGCAACACACUCAUUCAUUUCAUUGGAUUGGGUGGAUUCGCUCCAACUUACUGUUACUACUUUGCCGUUUGAUUUGGUGGUUACCAUACCUUCUUCCGAAUCGGUGAAAUGUAAUACGGCUUGCUUGCAAUGUCCGUUGAUUGUGUUCGAUAUGAGAUUCAAUGUUGAUUUGAUUUGUAUUCCCCUCAAGCAUGUGGGAGUGAUCCUUGGAAUGGAUUGGUUGUCAAGCCAUUAUGUUCUAUUGGAUUGUGCUCGUAUGUUUGUGAUAUUCCCAGACCCAGGUGUUUCUCGAUUCCUCGAUACCAAUAAAUUGAACUUCUCCUUGAAAGGGGGAGUUCAGAAGUGUGUUUCCCUUAACUCAGUCAGUACGAAGCUAGAGGUGGAGGUAGACGAGAUACUUGUGGUCGAAGAUUUUCCAGAGGUAUUUCCGCCGGAUGUACCAGGAUUGCCCCCAGUUCGUGAUAUUGAAUUCUCAAUUGAUGUGACUCCGGGUACAGGACCUAUAUCUAUUGCACCAUAUAGAAUGUCUCCAUCGGAAUUGUCAGAGUUGAAAAAUCAGUUGGAGGACCUUUUAUCUAAACAGUUCAUACGACCGAGUGUCUCACCUUGGGGAGCACCAGUACUCCUAGUGAAGAAGAAGGAUGGAAAGUCUAGACUCUGUGUCGAACAGAUUCGGGUGAAGGAAGAAGACAUUCUUAAAACUGCAUUCAGAACUCGCUAUGGACACUUUGAGUAUUUGGUGAUGCCUUUUGGAGUCACCAAUGCACCAGCUAUUUUCAUGGACUACAUGAAUCGUAUAUUUCACCCAUUCUUAGACAAAUUUGUAGUGGUCUUCAUUGAUGACAUAUUGAUUUAUUCUAAGAGCCUGGAGGAACAUGAAGUUCACCUACGUCAAGUUUUGCAAGUCUUGAAGGACAAGAGAUUGUAUGCUAAUUUGGGGAAAUGUGAAUUCUGGUUGGAGGAGGUGAAAUUCUUGGGACAUGUCAUUUCAAAGGAAGGUAUCGCUGUCGACCUAACUAAAGUAGAGGCUGUGGUGGCAUGGAAACAACCAUAA